CGCCAUUUUGAACGAGGGAAGAAAAAAAAAAAAAAAAAAAGAUUCCCGGAUAAUUUCCGUGACAGAUUGUGUUUAGCCGAUAGUCUUCACACUGACUGUGGAUGUUCGCCGUUUCCACCAGCACCCCGCGCUGCUUGAUCAGGUCUCGGAAUCCGUGCGCUGCAAGAGCUGCUCAAUGAAGCAAUGGCGGGUGUUGCAGGAGGAAAUGAUUUCCAGUGGUGUUUCUCCCAAGUGAAGGGGGCGAUAGAUGAAGAUGUUGCGGAAGCUGACAUAAUAUCUACAGUCGAAUUCAACUAUUCUGGAGACUUGCUUGCAACUGGAGAUAAAGGAGGCAGAGUAGUGAUAUUUCAACAUGAACAAGAGUCUAAGAAUCGUCCACACCUGCGUGGGGAGUACAACGUCUAUAGCACUUUUCAGAGUCAUGAGCCAGAAUUUGACUAUUUGAAAAGUUUAGAAAUUGAGGAAAAAAUUAAUAAAAUAAGAUGGCUACCCCAACAAAAUGCUGCUCACUUUCUACUUUCUACGAAUGAUAAAACUAUCAAAUUGUGGAAAAUAAGUGAAAGGGAUAAACGAGCAGAAGGUUACAACCUGAAAGAGGAAGACGGACGAAUCAGAGAUCCCUUUAGAAUCACCUCUUUACGGGUACCAGUACUGAUGCCAAUGGAUCUAAUGGUAGAAGCAAGCCCGCGGAGGAUCUUUGCAAAUGCACACACCUAUCACAUUAAUUCCAUUUCUGUAAAUAGUGAUCAUGAAACGUACCUCUCUGCAGAUGACCUAAGAAUAAAUCUAUGGCACUUGGAAAUCACAGACAGAAGUUUUAAUAUUGUAGACAUCAAGCCCGCCAACAUGGAGGAACUGACAGAAGUAAUCACAGCUGCCGAGUGCCAUCCACACCAGUGUAAUGUAUUUGUGUACAGCAGUAGCAAAGGCACCAUCCGCCUGUGUGACAUGAGAGCAGCAGCGCUCUGUGAUAGACACUCAAAGUUCUUUGAGGAACCUGAGGAUCCAAGCAGCCGAUCAUUUUUCUCUGAGAUUAUCUCCUCCAUCUCAGAUGUGAAGUUUAGUCACAGCGGGCGCUAUAUGAUGACACGUGACUACCUCUCAGUCAAAGUUUGGGACCUCAACAUGGAGAACAGGCCAGUGGAAACAUAUCAGGUCCAUGAAUACCUUCGCAGUAAACUCUGCUCGUUGUAUGAAAACGACUGCAUCUUUGACAAGUUUGAGUGCUGCUGGAAUGGCAGUGAUAGUGCCAUCAUGACUGGCUCCUACAACAACUUCUUCCGAAUGUUCGACCGUAACACUCGGCGGGACAUCACACUGGAAGCGUCCCGGGAGAGCAGCAAACCUCGGGCUACCCUCAAGCCACGCAAAGUGUCCACUGGUGGCAAGAGGAAGAAGGACGAGAUCAGUGUGGACAGCCUGGACUUCAACAAGAAGAUCCUCCACACUGCCUGGCACCCCAAAGAUAAUGUGAUAGCUGUGGCAGCCACCAACAACUUGUACAUUUUCCAGGACAAAAUCAACUAGAAGAUUAGAGGCUCCAGAGGAUAGGGCUUUUACCGUACCUGUGUAGUUAAGCCUACUCUACUUGUCUAUCUGUAUAAGAAGAAACAGCCUUGUUGUCCUCCUGGUGAAGAAUUUGAAAGCACGUGUCUUUUUUUUGCCACAGGAGGUUGAUCCAUAGGCCUGUUUUAUUUUGAGUAUGAGCAUAGGUUGUUUUUUGCCUUUGGCAUUAGGGCAAUCAACAUGCCCUCCCACCCCUCCCCGACCCAGAAAGCCCAGUUCGGGUCUGUUUGAUGGAAUGGCACUCCCUAGAGGUCAAACUCUUGAACGUUGGUGUUUGUGUUGACAUUUUAAGCCUUCAUUUCACGAUUUAACGACAGAACUCUUGGAAGCCCUGCAAAUGACGUCUUGUCAAAGUUGUAACACAUUGUCAGAGAUUGCGGGGGGCCCACUGAAGCGUGGAUUAACGGCCAAUAAGCCUAACUGUAACAUUCCCCCAUUGGCCAUGAAUUCAGGUCAAACUACUGGUGGAAGAGGCCAUGAAUUUGGAAAGUGGACUUUUUUUCUUUUUCUUUCCCGUCCCUUCUGUUACUUUCUCCCUGUCAUUACGGCAACAUAACUUCACUGACUGUAUCUACUCAAGUACACAUUGUCAUCCACAUAAUAAAAGAAACUCAAACUACAGAUGUGCUUUUUUAAAUUUAGAUGUAUUGAAACACGUUUAUUACUUUGCAUGUUUUUACGUUGUAGAGAGGUGGAAAAUGUCCAGUCACACCACUGUCUUUUGAGGAGAUCUCAAGCAAACCUAUUGAGUGGAAAUUCUAUUUUGGAG